AUGACAAAACGACUGCAUUCGUUCAAGAAACGCAACAAGUCUCGUCUCGAGGCUGCUGCAAUUUUGUCUGCUCAAAAGAAGGCGCAACUGGCCGCUCUUGAACUACGGAGACUAUCUGCGGAAUCAUCCGGACGAUUGGAUGCUACCGGUGGUGCUGCCGAGUUCGCAAACGUUUCACAGGCUUCCACAUCGCAUUCGUCGUCAUUGGACAGCUGUAAUGAUGGCGGUCAAAUGCUGAAUCGGGAAUCGCUAUGUCUAGCAUUCGAGGCAGACUCAAAACCACUGACGGUGAUGUCGUAUGAAAUAUGGAAACAGCGGUGCGCGGCACGUAAAAAUGCUUUACUAUUACAGUCGAAGAAACACCUCAAUGAAAACAGUUAUCAACAACAGCGAAUGCAAACCAGAAAACGCUCUUUCGAUUCACCGAACGAAAGGGAAUCACCGAAACCGAAACGCUCUACAAAUAGUUCACCAGGAACGCAUCGUCCAAGCAGUUUAUCGGCAGCAACGACGACGUCAAACAUCGACUGGUCUUUGCUGACAGCCCAGUUGACGAGCGGCGAUAAACUGAGUGAAUCAUCUACGAGCACAAAAACUGCUGAAUAUCGUCGCAUCACCCUACCCACAAUUCCACCGAUCAGUGUGCUUGUAGGGCCGGACGAUGCCCCGAUAACGUCCACACUGGCGGCCACAUGUUCACAACAGCACAACAACACCUCUCCUCCCACUACCUCAUCUCUCGAUCAAAACCCUUCCUCUGAAUCGCUGUCAGCAUCCAGUCUUGCCACUGCUCUCAGUCCAGCUGUUAUUGCAGAUGAAAACUAUCGAUCACGAACUUCAACUGUAAUCAAUCAAAUCCCUUCACGUCUGGAUGCACGUGUAAAAAUACCGACUGCAAGUCCAUCUUACGGCGAUUUGGCCACAAAUCUUCUAUCGCCACUGCCGUUUCCUUCAGAAUGUGCAUCAUUCAUUCAUAAACCGUCACCGAAUCUACCAUCCGUCACAACAAGCACAACUGACAACAGCUCUAACCUCUUGAAAUUUCCGAUUGCUCAUUCGCAAUUCUUCUCCUCCUCUUCAUCAGCUGCCACCAAUAAUCUCUUGAGAACGUCGCCAUCCUCUGCCACAUCGAUGUUAUCACCACCCGAACUGGUUAUUCCACUCGCAACAGCACCUAUGCUACCAUCCAGCUCAAUACACGCGACUAAUGAAAACACUUCAGAUAACUUACCGUUGUUCACUGGCUCAAACCAGCUAACCAGCAUAUUGCAACAAAUUCAGCAACGCGCACACACCAAUAAUCAACAACUGCUACCGUCCGAGACAAGUGCGAAUUUGGCAAUGUCGUCGAAUGAACUGUUGAAUUUCUAUCAGAUGCUAUCCGAUCCAGUCACAUCGCAUGCCAUUCAAGCACAGCUCAAGCAGCUCGAGCAUUCUGGUCUGUUGUUUGGCCAGAGUGUUGCCACAUAA